AUGGUCAAUUCAAAUAAUAGCAAAUAUAAAGUGAAUCGUAAUAGCAAUGGUAUUUUAAGUCAGUUGAUAACACAACAGAAUGAAUGGCUUAAAUCAUGUGAAACAUCCCAGUACACAUUAAUUAUUGCAGCUCUAGAACUCCCAGUAAAAGUGGUACGUUUAGAAGAAUCUCCAACUGAAACUGAACCAAGAUUUGCUUUGGAAACAUCUCAGCUAUCCUUAAUGAGAACAUUACAUAGACAUCGUCGUGAAUUGGCAUCUUCAGUGAGAUUUAUAGGAUGGCCGGGGAUACAUCCAACAAAUGAAGAGGAGAAACAAGAAAUUACAGUAUUACUAGAAACAAUUGAUUGCAUUCCUGUUUUCCCUCCAAUCCAAGAAUUUGAGAUCUUUAACGAAUUUUGUCACAUGUAUUUAUGGUCCUUAUUUCAUAAUGUGUUGAAUACAGAAGAAUUAUAUAUGACACCAUUUGAUCACGACCAGUGGCGAGUGUAUCAUCAGAUUAAUAUGUUAUGGUCUUCUAUUAUUACUCCUAUUGUUUCACCAGACCAUAUGGAUAUGGUUUGGGUAAAUGACUACCAUUUACUUUUACUUAGUCAAUAUUUAGCUAGAAAGGUCAAAGGAAUUAAUAUUGGAUUAUUUCUACAUAUUCCCUUUCCGUCUUAUGAAAUAUUCCGCUGCUUACCAGUUAGAGAGGAGUUACUUCGAAGUAUGUUGUGGGCUGAUCUAAUAGGAUUUCACUUUUUUCCUUAUGCCAAGCAAUUUUUAUCUUCAUGUAAGAGACUUUUAGGAAUUGACCAUUAUUUUAAGCCUGGGGGUUUAAUUGGAAUUGAUAACAACUGUUCAAGUGGAGUUAUUCAAAGUUUAGGAAAUGAAUCUCUCUCAAGCAAACAGGAAACUCUGGUUAGAAUAGGCCAUGUUCAUAUUCAAUGUGAUGAUAUUCUACAAAUGAUCUACUCAAAUAUCGAAAUUAGAAAACAAGCAUUAACAAUACGUGAGAAAUAUCAUGGUCAUUAUAUAUUUGGGUCUAUUGAUAGACUAGAUCAAUUAAGUGGUUUACAUCUAAAACUCAAAGCAUUUGAUAACUUUCUUCAAAAUUACCCAUAUUUGAAACAUAAACAACCAGUUGUUCUGAUUCAAUAUAUAUUUCCUACUUCAACUUUAACUGCUGAGAAACGUGAAAAACUUAUUCAAGAGCUUUUUACUUUAGUAAAUGAAAUAAAUUCUAAACAUUCACCAAGUUUUCCAGAAAAUACCCAAAUAUCUAGUCCAUAUUUAUCUCGAGAAUCUCUAUAUCAACUUUCAGAAAGUAGCUCUACUAAAUUUCAAUGUGAAAAAGCUUCAAUAUGUUCAUCAAGAUUAGUCAUAGAGCUGAAAUUUGGCUCAAUUUCACAUGAAGAAAAAUAUGCAUUAUUUCUAGCAGCUGACUGUUUAUUUGAUACAAGUGUAAGAGAUGGUUUAAAUGUCAAUCCUUUUGAAUAUAUUGCAUGUAAGGAUCCAUCUUUUAAACUUUCAUCAGUAUCAAAUUCCAUUUCUCCAUUCCCAUCUUCAUCAAGCUCUUCUGAACACUACGAUACAAGUGAUAAUGAAGAUUUAAGAGAUACAAAGAAAAUAUUGGAUAAGACUCAAAAAAAGCCUUUUUAUAAUGAACAAAGUGGGUAUCAUACAAUACCAUCAUUAAUUAUAUCAGAGUUUACGGGAUGUUCUAAAACAUUAUCAAGUCCAUAUAGAAUCAAUCCUUGGAAUGUGAUGAAUGUUAUGGAGACACUAGAUAAGGCUGUCUCAUUAAAUCGUUGUUCUUCUCAACAAGAGAAGUAUCACUGGAAAAUGGAUAGAGCCUACUUACUUUCUCAUAGUACUGUGACAUGGGCAAAAGAGUUUAUAAUGGAUUUAGGAAUGUAUACUAAAAAAAAAAAAAAGGAAAUGCUGUAUUACACAACCUGUGGUUUGGGUCCAUCACUAAGAGGAAUAAGUAUGGACAUGAACUUUCGUCAUUUAAAUCUAAAUUUAUUAAUUCAUAAAUAUAAGAGACCACUUAUUGGAAUAGAUUCAAAUAAAAACUCAAAUAAAAGUGGUUUACGUCUUUUUUUACUUGAUAAUGAAGGGACUUUAACACAAGAUUAUCGUUCUAUACUUGGAGAGAGGCAAGGAAUUAAUAGACAUUAUAGCUUGCAAUCGAGUUAUAAAAAAUUUUAUAAAUCAAAUAUGAAUUUGGAUAGUGAAAAAAGUGACGAUGAUCUUUUAAAUAUUAUAAACAAAUGUAAUUUCGAACCAAAGUGUAUUCCCAAAAGAAAUGAUGCACUUGAAAAUAUUAGUACUCGAAGUGAAUAUCAUGAAAUCUCCAAAUCAAUGAAUUUAGCUGAAAAUAAACUGAAAAUGGCUAACAAUUUAGUUAGUCAAUAUAAAGAGAGUUGCAUAGAAGAGCUUGAAGCUUAUAAAAAUGAAUUAGGAGAUUUAUAUUCUAAUGAUAUUUCUUGCAAUCCACCCGAAUAUAUUAAAGAAUCACUGCGUAGACUGUGCAGCUCUCCAAAUAACAUUGUAAUAAUCAUUUCUGGAAGAGAACGUAAUAUGCUAGAUGAAUGGUUUGGUGAUAUUGAAAAUUUGGGUUUAUGUGCUGAACAUGGAUACUACUUCAAAUUACCACCAAUUAUUGAAACUGAAGAGCCAAAUGUUUGGAAACAACUCGAUAUAUCUACUUCAAUUUGCUCAAGUACAGUUAAUGUAAACGGAAAGAUUGGUAGAUCUCCUCUAUUUAUUAAUAGAAUGCACUCAAAUAAUGGAUUGAAUAGUGGUGCUCAAUCUAAAUCUGAUUUUAACCUUACAAUACAAGAUGCAAAUAAAACACCUUCAAAUUCUCCUAAUGUGUCCUCCGAUAUACUUAGAGAUAUUAAAACUUUAACUGAUGUUUCAAGUUAUAAUUCUAAUCCUACUUUUCUAUCUUCAUCACUUAAAUCUCUUGAUAAUAUUAUGGAAUGGAAAAAUAUUGCUUACGAGUUAAUGGAACAAUAUGUUUUACGUACACAGGGAGCUUAUAUUGAGAAUAAAGGUACUGCUUUGGUUUUUCAAUAUAAAUAUUGCGACUUAGAUUUUGGAUCUUGGCAAGCUAAAGAAUUAUCUAAUUACUUAACUGAAUUGAUGUUUAAUUACCCAGUAGAUGUGAUUUCUGGUAGUGAUUAUGUUGAGGUUAGACUUAGUGGAAUAAACAAGGGUAUGGCUGUACAACUAAUAUUAAAAAAAAUCGAGAAUAUUUAUAACGAUAAAUUUGUUGACUUCAUUUUAUGUAUAGGUGAUGAUAGAUCUGAUGAAGAUAUGUUUUUCACUAUUAAUCAGUUAUACAGUACAAAUAAUGCUGGAAAUUAUGUAUCUAAUAGUAAUCACCCUCUUCAUUCCUGCACAAACUCUAACUACCAAGUUUCAACAUUGCUUCCAAAUAUAAAUAUAUGUGAUGAUUUAUUAUCUUCAUGUGACGAAGACCUUAAUUCUAUAUCUUCGAUUUUUACUGUAGUAGUUGGCAAACAUCCAUCUGUUGCUCAUUAUUAUGUUCACUCUGUUGAAGAAGUAACUGAGGUAUUGCAAACUUUAUCUAUGACAAAUUAA